CCUCCCCUCAAAACUUGCAAAAGAUACUGAGAAAGUUACCAAGCAUUCGCAGGUUAAAAUGUAUGGAACGCCCUGGCGGAUCAAGAGAAGCUACCAGAAAUUGCAACGAGAUUCUUGAGUUUGACAGUUUGAGUCAACUGGAAUCACUUUAUUUGUUUGGUUUUCAUGGAUGUGGAUUCAAAUUCCCAUUGAAUUUGAAAAAGUUGACUCUCAAACAUAAUGGUCAGCCAUGGAGUGAAAUUUCAACAAUUGGAAAGUUGCCCAAUCUUGAAGUGCUUAAAUUACUUGAUCACAGCUUUGUCGGGGAAGAAUGGGUAAUGAAAGAGGGGGAGUUCCCCAAACUCCGAGUCUUAAAAUUGUCAAGGUUGAAAUUUCGCAACUGGACUGCAUUUUCUGAUAAUUUUUCCUACCUUGAGAAAUUGGUCUUGCACCGAUGUAAGAAGCUGGAAAAGGUCCCUUCCUGUUUAGGGGAGUGUGAGACUCUUGAAAUGAUUGUGGUGGAAAAUUGUCCUGAGUCUGUUGGAGAUUCUGUAAAGCAAAUUCAACAAGAACAGAUGGAUAUGGGAAAUGAGGUUCUAGAGAUCGAAAUUUAUAAUUAUGAUGAUACAUUAUGGGAAAUGAGGUCCGCAGAAGAAGAGUCUAAAGAAGCAGAGUCAACUCCCUCAGAAGCAGAGGAGGUUUCUUCAGAAAGAGAGUCUAUAUCCUCUCAUCACGCAGCUGGCAAUUGUGAGAGUGAAUGUACAGUGGGAUUCCACUCAUCAGAGCAGGUUUCCUCAGAAGGUGAAGACUGAAACAUUUAUGUCUCUCCUUGAUUUGGUGUGGUCAUUCCACUCAUCAGGGGCAAGCACAGUCAUGCAUUCUAUCAAGCCAACAUUAUCCAUCAUAAUCUGUUUGUAAAAUGUUCUCCAUGUUCCUUUCUGGUCUGAUGUUUAAUAGUGUUUAUGAUCCAUCACAAUCUGUUUGUAAAAUAUUCUCCAAGUUCUUUCCUGAUUUUGAUGUUUAAUAGUGUUCAUGAUCCCAAUUCUUCAAAUAU